AUGUCAAUCAACAUGAUGAAGCAAAUCUUCUGGCUGCUUUCAACAGCUUUGCUGGUAACAUCCUUUUCACCUGAAAUAAAGUGCCCGAAGGCAUCGCACCCGUUACUCAACAAACUUUGGGUCUCCAAAAAUCCCUCCAGUCCAACUGAUGAUGCUUCUCGAUUGACGCUCCUUGAGAACGCAAAACAAUUCGAUGAGAAAAUUGCCAAAGGCGACCGAACAGGGACAUAUGCUCCUGCUGGAUGGUCCAACCGAUUAGGAACAGUUUUGACACCAGCUACGGCUGAUAUUUACACGGCCGACCGCCAAUUCAUUUGGAAUAAUAUCGAUGUUGGAGGCAAGAUGGCUGUCGUCAAGCUAGGCAACGGCGAUCUAUGGGUUCAUUCCGCAGUCGAGAUCGACGACGCUUUGAAAGAAACGUUGUCAAAGCUUGGCCCAGUGCGGUAUGUCAUGGCCCCGAACUAUGAGCACUUGAAAUAUGCCGCCAAAUGGCAUUCAGAAUACCCUGAUGCUUAUAUGUGGGCAUGCCCCGGAUUGAUGGAACGACUACCUGAUAUCAAAUGGGCAGGAGAGAUCCCUUCAGGCAUUCGUGGUGAGGAUGGAGUUUUCCUUGAAAAUUGUUGGGACCUUGAAGAGCUUCAAGCUCUUCAUUUGGACGUCGAAGCCAACCCAUUCACCGGUAAACCUUUUUUCAAUGAAGUCAUCUUCUAUCACAAACCAUCGAAGGCAUUGAUUGUUACCGAUGUAUUUUGGAACUAUCCAAAUUCUGAUGGAGUACCUAACUCGCACCUUGGUGGAGAGGAAUGGGAACUAGCACCUUCGGUGGAAUCUAUUCCUUUUGGAAGCAAGCUUUGGAAGUUUGGAAUGGACAAGGUGUACCUGCCAUUCUACAAAAAGUUCAUGAUCAAUGAUGAAAGGAAAUACAGCGAAGUGUCGAAGAUAAUACUCGACGAAUGGGAAAUCGAGACACUUAUUCCUGCUCAUGGAGAUGUAGUGCGAGGCAAAGAGAUUGUGCGGGAAGUCUUGAAAAGUCACUUGCGACGUGGAUAA